GUGGGUCUUAACUGAGUGUCUUUGAGGUAAGUGCUUCAUUGUAUCAACUCACAUUGGACGUGAGAGUCAAAUGGGCUUUAAACACUAAAAUGUUAGGUAACUGAAAAUGUCAGGGAGUUCAGUCUUCACAUUUGUUUCGAUGCAGAGGCUCAAACAUGUUCAGUCUCGGCAUUCCUAAUUCUCUGACCCUCUUGUGCAGCUGUGAUUGUCCUCAGGCCCAACAAAGGCGAACCUUUGCAAUCUCGUAGUGGGUGGUGAUUCUAGAUGUCAUGAAGUUCUGACAGGAAGAGAACCCUUUUUAGGCUCCCCAAGGUACACACAUUUGACAGCUAGGACCCAGCUUUACACCCCGUGCUCAAACACCGUGUUUAGAUAGUGCUCCAGGCUGAGGUGGGCUCACCUGACACUGUUGCUUGGCCUUCUCUUAACAGAUUGUCAUCACCAUCCCAGGCCCCAUCCCUUGCACUGACAUCUUCCCAUCUGGGAGCCAGUGUCCAAAGCCAAACAGUUACUUGGAGUUUAGCCCAAGAUGCUAUGGGGCCAGGAAGAAUCAAUGUGCAGGUGUUUGGUACACAGAGGCAGGGGGCUGAUUCUUUAUUUUAGCCUCUCCCUUGACAAGUAUCCACUGCCCACCCCAGUGGGUCAGGAACCCAGCUAGGACCCCAAGGGAUUCAAUCUAGGAGAGGUCAAGGGCAGGGGUUUCUCAACCUGUGGGUUGAACAAUCCUUUCAUAGGGGUUGUAUAUCAGAUAUCCUGCAUAUCAGCUAUUUACAUUAUGAUUCAUACAGUAGCAAAAUUACUAAAGGGUCACAGCAUUAGAAAGGUUGAGAACCACUGGACUAGGGGGUUCAGCUGAAGGCACUGUGAUGUCUUUGACAGGACGAGGCUGAAGGCUUUCUGGAGGAUGUUGUAGGCAGAGAUGGAGGCAUUUGGUGUACUGACCUCCAUAGUUUGGGAGCUGAGAUCACAGGAAUGCAGCCACACUUGAAGGAUUGUGGAGCACAGGAGCAGUUCCACCCAGGCCCUGCACUGAGUCCCUCUUUUUUUUUUUUAAAGCAACCGGGUCCCUGUCCUAGUUUGCUUUCUGUUGCUUCGAUAAAACAGCAACCAAAGACGGCUUGGGGAUGAGAGGGUUUAUUUCAUCAUAUAGGUUACCAGCCAUCAGUGAGGGAAGUUAGAGUAAGAAUUCAAGCAGGGCAGGAACUGAGAGACCAUGCACAACUUGGUCCUGGAAAUGGGUUUCCAGGAAGACUGGAGAUGAGGGAAUCGGCAUGAAGAAAGGACAGACACAUGAGGAAAAGCUGGGAUUAGGUUGGCCUUCCCUCAUAGGGGGCCAAACCAGCUGCAGCAAUUGGAACCUCAGUGCUUUUAUUAUGUACAGCAUGAGAAGGAAGGGCUAGCUCGUCUUGGUAUGAGGUCUGUGGGAGAGCGGUCUCAGAUCUCAAGCUGUAAAUGUCUGGAGGAGGAAGCUGAAGUUGACGCUUUUUGAACUUUGUCAGCAUUCCCACACAGGACCCAGGGGAAGGCUUCGCCAGUUCCUGUGGAUCUGAUGCAUUGCUCCUUAGAAGCAAUACACAUUCACUCAAGGCUUCCUCUGCUUCCCAGUGUUCAGCCGCCUUUCUUACACAGCCCAGGCCCACCUGAUUAGGGGUGGUACCGCCCAUGAUGGGCUGUGUCAUCCACAUCUAUUAGUGACCAAGAAAGUGUUCAACUGGCCAAUAUGAUGGAGAAAGUUCCUCAACUGAGGUUCCCAGGUGUGUCAAGUUGAUGGCUAAGAUUAGCUAUCACAGUUUCAUGUAGCCCUAACUGGCCUGGAACUCAGUAUGUAGAGCAGUGUGGCCUCAAACUCAGAUGCCACACCUCUGCCUCCUGAGUGUAGUGCACCUUGUUUGGCCCUUUUUUGUUGUUUUGAGUCAAGACCUCAAUUUGUACAUACCCGCCCCCACCCCCCUUGAAUUUUUGAGACAGAAUUUCUGUGUAGCCCUGGCUGUCCUGUACCAGGUUGGCCUCAAACUCAGAGAUUCACCUGGCUCUGCCUCUGCCUCCUGAGUGUAGGGAUUAAAGGCAUGAGUCACCACUGCCCAGCAUGUAUGUAUCCUUUAAAAUCCACUUUUAUGAAAUGGCUGGCGCUGAGCCUUGAGCCUGGGCCAUGUGAAGCAAGGUCCACUUGAUUUCAGCCAACAAUAGCCCAGGAGGAUCCCGCUCCUAUGGGAACUAGGCUAGUGACGAUUGCUUCCUGGUUUGCAGCAAUUUAAGAUCUUUCCUGGCCUUCAAUUCUUUUAGGGCUUUCCUUUCCAGCGGCUUGAUUGCCUGACAAUUAUGCUUAUCUUUAGUUCCCAGUUUGAAUCUGGCAGCCCUCUGCCUGUGCCAAUAUCCUGUUGCGAGGCUGCAAGUGUCCUAGCUGCCUGCUCUAAAGCUGCAAAGAGCCCGGCAAGGGAAACAGUCCUCCCCUGCUGAUGGAUGGAAGGUUAUAACCGUGUUUGAGGAUUGGGCCUGUCCCCUGAUGCCCGCCCCAGUUGUCCUUUUGCCUAGUCCACACCAGCCCUGCAUUUCGUCACCUGCCCUACUAACCUGGAACCAGUUCUGUUUGACACGGGUGGUCUUCCCCGUCCCCUGCAGUGGAGGGACCCUAGCAAGUCACAUCCGGCAAGGGGGGUGCAAGGGGCGGAGCUCGCCCCAGAGAAGAGACCCUGCCUGCUGCCAGCAUCCUACUGCCGAAACAGACCACAGUCCUGCCGGUGCUUUCCCGGCCUCUCCAUCCAGAGACUCAGCAGGAGAUGGCAGAAGAGGGAAUUGGGGUUCUGGACCCAGCUGCACAUCCACUACCUGGGCAAAAACAAGACGAGCGCCUGGCCCCGGCAUCCAGCGCCCUCGGAACCGGGGCACACGGGUCCUCCGACCCCGCAGCCAGCGCUGGGACCACACUGCCUGCCCUAGAAAGCACUGGAGAGGCCUCCACCUCCAGCGUUCUGAACCCGGAGGGCUGUAUGCAGGACUGGGGGAUUCAGGUGGAUACCGGAGGGAAGGCCGAGGAAGUGACGACUGAGGAAGAGCCCUGUAAGGUGGGGGAGAAGCUGGAGGGGGUCACAGAGGCCCAGGGAAGCCUAAGGCCUUUGGAUCUAGGGGCCCUCAUCCUGGACCCGCUGGAGGCCAUCCAGUGGGAGCUAGAGGCCAUGAGUGCCCAGACUGACGGAGCUUACCUCCGGCUGGAGCGCAAGUUUGGGAGAAUGCACAGGUUGCACCUGGCCCGCAGGAGCUUCAUCAUCCAAAACAUUCCGGGCUUUUGGGUCACUGUCUUCCUGAACCACCCACAGCUAUCAACCAUGAUCAGCCCUAGGGAUGAAGACAUGCUUGGCUACCUGAUGAAUCUGGAGGUGAGGGAGCUCAGACACACCAGAACAGGUUGCGAGUUCAAGUUCCUGUUUGGGAGCAACCCCUACUUCCGAAAUGAGAUGAUAGUGAAGGAGUACGAAUGCAGAUCUUCAGGUCGGGUGGUGUCCAUCGCCACUCGCAUCCGCUGGCGCCGAGGCCAGGAACCCCCGGCCUUGGUGCACAGCAACCGGGACACCAUGCGAAGUUUCUUCAGCUGGUUUUCACAGCUUAGCCUCCCGGAAGCUGACAGAGGAGCCCAUAUAAUUAAAGAUGACCUAUGGCCCAACCCUUUGCAAUACUACUUUCUGGGGCAAAGGCCCUGCAGAGCUAGACCAGGUUUUGCAAGGUGGUCACCAGAGGCUCUACCUAGGCCCUAUGGGUUCCAGUCUGGCUAAGUUCUGCUCAAAUACAUGGUGCCUACAUAGGAUUCCUCUACCUGUGAACCUACCUAUGUUCAGGCCAGAGCUCUGCUAUCUGCUCUCCUGUGAAUUCUGGUUCUUCAGCAUGUUUGGUGGACUCAGGGCUAAGGCUGUGACCUUCAUGCUGUUCUAUGUCAACAUCAUGUGAUUCUCAUAUGCCACUGCACUUAUAAUGGGCGCCCAGUGCUAUGGACUUGUACUGCCAUUGUGUGCGUGGCCUGGGUCCGCCUGUAAAACGUGGCUUUUCUACUCACUUGGCACCAUUACCUACAAGGCUUCACAAGGACCAGUGCCUGUUUGAGGACUAGUGCUUCAAAGCUACAAUAUGCUGGCCUUCACAACUGUGUUGACUGUCUCAUUGUCUAAGAUAAAGUGGGUACAUUUGGUCUUGGUGGUCAACCAGACUUGGGAUAGCCCAUGGCUUCAGGACCACAGAGCAAUUCCUACCCACUGGACUGUUGGGCAUCUGCAACCUGGGCAGCCAGAUGAUCAGACAUGGGUGAGGCCAAGCCUGAAGCAGUGGCCAGUGUAUUGUUUUUGAUCUUCCCUGCUCUUCUUAUCCUAUGUGUGCCCCUCUCAUAGACUGCUGUUAGCUUGUGAAGACCCAUGCUGUGCCCCACCCAUGCCUGGCUAUAGCCUUUUUGAGUUUUGCCCAAUCCACCAUCAUCCCUGUUGCCUGUUCUCAGGUCUGUAAGGGCCACCUGUCAAUGUAGUGAGAGCUCCUAAUUCCAGAGAUUGCACUAGGCUGGAAUAUCUGGGCAUGUGCUCAAAGUGGGAGCAAGGAUGGGAGUCCCUCCAGAAGCCAGACCCUUCAUCAGCUUUUCCUAUAUCUACCCGUUUGUCAGCUGCCAGGUUAUAGGUGCUGGAGAGGGGCCACGUGGCCUGUUUACACUGGCAUAGAUCUCACAUCGUUUUUAAUGGGACAACUCUGAAAUGAGUAACUGAAGAAGCAGUUUUUUUCCAAAUAGCUAAGGAGACACUUUCUUGAAUUUGCCUGUGUCCAGAGAGGGAGACUCUGUCUUAUGAGCUGUCAGUGCCCUGUGCCCCCUUGCCCUGAUCUAUGAGCUGCCAGUGGCCUGUGCCCCCUUGCCCUGAUCUAUGAGCUGCCAGUGGCCUGUGCCCCUGCCCUGAUCUAUGAGCUACCAGUGCUCUGUGCUCCCCUGCCCUGAUCUCUGAGCUGCCAGUGGCCUGUGCCCCCUUGUCCUGAUCUAUGAGCUACCAGUGCUCUGUGCCCCCUGCCCUGAUCUCUGAGCUGCCAGUGCCCUGUGCCCCCUUGCCCUGAUCUCUGAGCUGCCAGUGCCCUGUGCCCCCUUGCCCUGAUCUCUGAGCUGCCAGUGCCCUGUGCCCCCUUGCCCUGAUCUCUGAGCUGCCAGUGCCCUGUGCCCCCUUGCCCUGAUCUCUGAGCUGCCAGUGCCCUGUGCCCCCUUGCCCUGAUCUCUGAGCUGCCAGUGCUCUGUGCUCCCUUGCUCCUUGCAAGACUUAGACUAGUCAGAGUGUGCAGUGCAGGGUUGGGGCAGGGACAGCUAAUCACUUCAUUUUACACUGUGUUCUUUUAAAGAAACUCCAGUCUCCCCUCCGCCGCCGCCGCUGCCACCCCCACCCCUUGUGGGUUUAUAGAUAAAAAAGACCAAACUGCCCUGCCCAUGAGUCUCCUCCAGGUUGUCUCUAUCUCAUGAAAGGCCUUACUUUCUGCUCUCUAGGACCUGGAGGCAUAAAAUAAAUGGGGAUGGAGAACCCUCAGUCUUUGCUAGCUAGUUUUCUUUCUUUUCCUUCCUUCCUUCCUUCCUUCCUUCCUUCCUUCCUUCCUUCCUUCCUUCCUUCCUUCCUUCCUUCCUUUUCUUUUCUUUUGAUUCACCAAUAUAUUUUGUAAAUUAGAAGAAACAUAAUACUGUCACUUUUGGGCUGUUUUCUGGUCCAGUUAUGAGCUUGUAUGGGCAGAAAGUUAAUGUGUUUUUCAUUUUGAACCUUUUGAGUAUGACCCAUGCAUCUCCUUCUCUGCUCCUACUGGGAAAUUGAACUGUGCAGUCCUGCUUGUGUUUAGUUGAGGACAUUUAUAAGAUGGCCACUGUAACCGCUCUGUAGCACUUGGACAUUUGUGAUUAUUCACGGUUGUUAUCAAGUUGUGGCCUGGUGCUAUAAUUUCACCUUACAGAUACAGCUUGAAUCUGGUGAUUCUGCAAGACAAUGCUGGGCAUUGUUACUGUGUUCUGUGAGAAUAACCCCCAGAAGGACCCUGGAAUGGAUGGUCUCCUGGCCCUGCAGACCAUAUUGCAACUGACAUCUUUGUUUCCAAAUGGAGACAUGUUCCCAGGUGACUUUGUGUAGUCAGAAGAGGAUUUGUGGCAUUUUAUCUCCAACAAUAAUGAUAAAGAGUAAAAACCUUUCGAUCUAGAGGAAAUAGACCAUGUUAUUCCCUCUUCUAAAAGCUUCUAUUCACGAACAGGCAAACACAUGAACCUCCCAACCCUUAUCAUCGCUGCCCAAGCCCUGCCUUUGCUGACCCUUGUGGCCUCUCCACCACCUCCCUCAGCUCAUUGGUUUCUCCCCCUCCCCCAAUGCACACACUUACACACACACACACACACACACACACACACACACACACACACAUCUUGUCGCUCCUGAGAAGAUUUUUGCACUUGCUUUUCCCUCUUUCUGGAUUUUUCUUCAGAUACAGAUCUGGUUACUUCAACUUAUUCAAGUCUCAAAUACCCUUCCUACCUUCCCUGCAACCACCUUGGGGGAUAUUCUCUUUAUUACAUGUAACUCUACAAUGGUGUUUUCCUGCUUUCUUUCUUCCCUCGCUCCCAUGAAUCAGGAAACCAGGGACGCAUCUGCUGUUUUGCUCACAUGGGUCACUGUCCAACAUCCCCCAUUAUCAGCAUGAAUGAGUGGCCUUAUCUGAGUGUGCUGGAGUGCUGUGGUGAGGUUCUGACAAGAUAAAGAACAAGGCAUGGCUCCUGCCCAAAGGACUGCAGUUGGGUGGAGAGGGGCAGGAUGAUGAGAGGUGACUGUACAGUUGUCAUCCCACUGGAACACAUAUGCAAGUGAAAAGUCACUCCUAGAAAUCACCAAGACAAGAGGCCACAUGCUACACAACGCUCACUCCAAGGAGAGAACCUAAUUCAGUCCAGCAUGACUAGCAGUUCGCCCCAGCUGAAGGUGAUGGGAAUAGGGACACUUCUCUGGUAUAGGAAUUCUGGAGAUGGCCUGUUGGUUUGUUUGCACUUUUGAGGCAGUAUCUCAUUAUGUAGCCCUGGCUUGCCUGGAAGUGGUUAAUAUAGAUCUGACUGGCCUCUGCCUCCCAAGUGCUGGACUGAAGGUGUGUACCACCAUGCCUGGCCUAGAGGUGGCCUUUGGGGAGUAGGCAGAAGUUUAAGAAGCAGAGCUCUGGCUGGGGCUGUAGCACAGCGAGAGCCCUUAGGAACCUACUUGUGUGAGGCGCUGGUUCCAUCCCAGCUAUGUAAAAAAAAAAAUACCUGGAGUCUGGAGAAGGGACCUUCUAGCAGGGCAAACAGCGUAAGUGUGCAGACACUGAUGUGUGGAAAUGCAGUGUGUUGAACACAACUGCCUGCUGGAGAUGGGUCGGGCCGGGUGGAAUGCCAGGCCGAAGCUUUAUUCUGUGGAUGGCAGCGAGGAGUGUCAGGUGUGGCUUGGAGGAGGUGUGGCUCACAGGGCAGCCAGGAAGCAAGGAGAGGACAGUGCCACUCCAGAUCCUCACCAGUCUGUAGCUCUUCUCGGAAGCCUCCAUGAUUCCCAUAGAAACCUUUUUUACUUUUUGGUUUUUCAAGACAGGUUUUCUCUGUGUAGCCCUGGGUGUCCUGGAACUUGAGCUGUAGACCAGGCUGGCCUCAAACUCAUGGAGAUCUGCCUGCCUCUGCCUCCCAAGCGCUGGGAUUAAAGGUGUGCGCCACCACCUGGUGAUUCUCACAGCAAUCUUACCACCUCCCAAGUACAACAUAAACGCUGGCACCUGGCUGGCUUCUACCA